GAUGCCCUUCAAAAGUAACUACCAUUUUUCCUGACAAUUCAUUUAUCUCUCAAAAAUCUCUUUUUCUCUCUAAUACCCUUCAUCGUUUCAAGCUUCACCGGAAAGGAAGAGGUUACCGGCGACUCCCAUUCCGGCUGAGACAAAGCUCCUCCGCCUCCUUCUUCAUAAAUCUCAACUGUGACCACCCCCCUUAACCCUCUUUUGUCGUAAUACCCCACCCACAGACACCCUCUCUCUGUUGUGAUAUCUCCGAUCUGCCUUGCCCUCUUCUUUGCGUUUUCUGUCAGAUCAAUAAAAAAAAAAAAAAAAUAAACCCUCAGAGGGUCGCCGGAGAUGGGUGACUUAUCCUCGUUGCCUUCAUUCUUCCCUGCUUUCGUUCGAUUGUUCUUUCUUCUCCGAUCAGACAAGAACCGGAGACAUAGCUUCCUCCUCACGAUUUUCUAAUCCUCCAACACGCCACCUCGUUUUGCUGCUUUUGUUCGUGUUUUCCUAUCCCGAUCAGUGAAGACGAAGAUUAACCACACAGGUCACCAGAGAUCGACCUCCCUAGCCCUCCUUGCUUUGUUCAUUCUUCUGCCCCUCUCCUUGUUUUAAAAGAGCAAAAACCACCCCUUGUAAUUGUUUGAUCAAUAGCCCCAUUAUUUGUAUUGUUAACCAAAUCAGCCCUUCUUUUGUACUAAAAGACCAAAACAGCUCCGUUUAAUGUGAAUUAUUACAAAAGUAAUUCCUUUUAGAUUUAAUUUAUCACAAAACAAUCCCUGAUGUUAGAUAAAUUACAAAUCAUCCCUUUUGAUGUAAGUAGUUCAAAACAAGUACUUUUGGUUUCAAAUAUUAUAAAAUAGCCCCAUGCUUUGUUUUAACUCAAAAGGGUGUCCAGAUGUGGUUUUUCACGUGAAGCUUCACCAAAACCGAGACUAGAUCGAGAUCACACAUCGAAUUAACCCUCGUUUUCUCUCAUUGACUUCGGUGGAAGCAGCAAAAUUUUCCCCAAAUCAUAUCAUAUGUAUCACAUUUGGAAGUAGCAUAAGACGAUCACGUAUGAAAAGGAGUAUCUAUGACUUCGGUGGCGAAUUUGAUCCGAACAUCUCAGACAUCCACGGUGUAAUUAAGGAUCUUAAAGGAAACGACGACAUGUGAUUGUGCAACGAGGUUGUUGAUCUCAAACGAGAAACGAUAUCGAUCAAAUGGCGGAGGGAAGGGACGUCCUUGAGAUCCAGUCUAGCAACCGUUCAAUUCUCACCUCCCUCAACCUAAAAUUAAAGCAACCCAAAAGGACCAUGCAUAACCGGGUCAAGUACAUACCAAAUAUAGUUACGGGCUUAGACACUACUCCAACAAUUAGAACACCUAAAGUUGCUAAUUACAUUCAUAAACAAGGUGACACCAUAACCGGGACAUCAAGAGGUGGCAAUGAUAACAAAAAGAUAGUCAAUAGCAUUGAAGAUCCCAUAAUUAAUCAGGUUUAUAUAAUAGGUGGAGAUGGAACACAAAAGGGGGCAUAUGCUAUGUAUGAGACCUGCAGGUCCGGCUGUAGCUAGCAGCAAGGUGUAGGAUAGUCAAUCCAGUAUAGAUCUAUACGCAAACUCACGCUCUCCCUCCAAUAGAAUUCUGGCUACAACUCGGGCCAUGACAUUUAAGGCAUGCUCCGAUACAGCGGAUCACAAUUGUUAACGUAUUCAUGUAUAUGUAAUGUUUCUCGUUCUUGUAUAGUUGUAUAUGUUCAUGUUUCUAGUAUAACUGUAUAUGUACAUGUUUCUAGUAUAGCUGUAUAUGCACUUGUUUCUAGUAUAUCUGUAUAUGUACUUGUUUCUAGUAUAGCUGUAUAUGUAGUUGUUUCUAGUAUAUCUGUAUAUGUACUUGUUUCUAGUAUAGCUGUAUAUGUACUUGUGUUACCCCGAUGGUAACUAACUAUUGAUGUACUGAUAAGU